AUGCCUAUUUUUCAUUUCGAUCCAAAUUUCUUUUCAAAACGUCCACAAAUUACUCUGAAACAAAAAUUUUAUGGUCAGUCCUUUAAGGCUUUGAACACGGUGAAUUCUCGUGAAUUCCAGGAAUGCUUCAAUCAUCUCGAUGGGAAAUUUGAUCAAUUCUGCGAUGAAUGGGGGAAGGUGUGUAAGGAUCAUGUGUUUGAUCGGCCCUGGAAACAUGUGCUAAGAGAAACCGGCGAAAACGAAUCAGACACCAGCCAAUUAUACAAGGAUGCGGUGGCAAGUGUUGAGACACAAGCCAGAGCUGUGUAUGUGGAGGAAGAUCUCAUGAACUGCAGUCAGGAUGAAUUCCUUCAACUGAUGAUGGAGCAAGGUUGUUUCAUACUACAAGUAGCCUUGUGCUCCUUGGGUGGUCCGAAGCCACUGGGUUAUCCUCCAGAUGAUCCACUUUUCGGCGAGAAGAGAUGGAACUAUAAGCUGAUCAGAUUUCUGGUCAACAGGUAUUUGUUUUGUAUCAAGAAUCAAAUCCCACUUGUAGUCCUCGAGGUGUUGAUGAAACAGAGCUUCUUCCAAAAUGUACUCAAAUUGGGGAAAUGGAAGCGGCCCAAUGACUUGGCCGGGAUGGUUUUGUAUGACUUCCUUGUAGAACCAAUGUUAGAUGGCUAUUUCCAGAGCCGUAGGCAUCCUGCAAUUACUCUUCUCCAUGCUCUUUGGUUGAAGGUGACUGGAUCAGACUCCCAUGGCACCAACCAUAUCAAGGAAGAUGUGGGUCACCUAUACACCAACUUGUCCACAGUGAAUAGUGCUAAGGAGCUGCAAGCAGCUGGAAUCACUUUCAAGAAUUAUGAGGGAUUUGACAUGAGAGGGAUAAAGUUCAAGAAAAGGAUGUUAGAUGCCCAUCUUUACCUCCCCUACAUCAACAUGGAACCUCACAAUAUUGCUCUGUUUGAGGGUCUCAUCCAUUUUGAACGUGAUGCUAAUUUGAAUAUAAACCAGCGUGAGGUUUCUGCAUAUAUAACUUUCAUGAGCGAGCUCAUCCGUAGUCGUGACGAUGUCAGAGUCCUUGUUACAGGGGGUAUACUCGAUUCUGAUCUUGAAUAUGAGCAACAAUUGCCCAAUACAUUAUCGAAGUUGGUGUCGCAGUUUGACAGAUUGAUGGUGGGAAACAUCCGCAAUUUUGCUUCCAUUAGGGGUGAGAUUCGUAGGUAUGUGAGGCCAAGCAUGCGGACAAAGAUAAUGAAUCUGGUUGUCAUAGGUCUUGUUCUAACUUUGGUGCAGACCAUAUACACUGUCCUUAGCUAUCAUCACCCUCACCACUGA